AGCAUGGCGGACACCCUCUUUCUAGGGGCAACUGCCGCCGUCGUCAUCGCCACCUUAUGGUACAUCUUCCAAGCGUAUCUCACUAGCUCGCCGCUGGACAACCUGCCCGGGCCACCCUCCCCGUCGUUCUUGCUUGGGAACGUCAUUGAGGUCACGGACCGGAACAGCUGGAAACGGUGGAAGGAGCUGGUCGAAGCUUACGGGCCUGUGUCCCGGCUUCAAGGCAUGUUCGGCACGCGCCUGCUGCACAUAUCCGACCCAAAAGCGAUGUACAGCGUUCUCAUCAAGGAUGUUGAGUUGUUCCCGAAGCAAAACGCACCCUCUGACGAAAUGCACAUGCUCCUUGGGCCCGGACUGCUCACUACUGAGGGCGCGCAGAACAGGAAGCAACGCAAGCUGAUGAACCCCGUCUUCUCCGUGGCGCACCUGCGGAACAUGACACACAUAUUUUACGGAAUUGCUCACAAGUUGCACAAGGCCAUGGACACACGAGUCGGGAAGGACGGCGGCGUCAUGGACGUGAACGGAUGGAUGGCGCGCACGACGCUCGAGAUGCUCGGGCAGGCCGGGCUCGGGUACUCCUUCGACAACUUUAUGGACGAUUCCACCGACUCGUACGGGGAGUCGCUCAAGAUGUUCUUCCCCGUCCUCAGCACCAUUACGCCGGUGGCGCUCAGUAUCCCCUCGCUUUCGUACAUCUUUCCGGACCGGCUCCUCAAGCGUCUUCUUAGUCUAUUUCCGCAAGCCGAGGUGAGGCGCAUGGUCGCGAUCUCAGACACGAUGGAGCGGCGCUCGAUGGAGAUCAUCAGCGAGAAGAAGCGCGCCCUGCUCAAGGGCGACGACGCGCUCGUGCACCAGAUCGGGGAGGGCAAGGACAUCAUGAGCCUACUGCUGAAGGCGAACAUGCUCGCAUCGGACGCCGAAAAGCACACAGACGAAGAGCUUGUUGCACAGAUGUCGACCUUCAUCCUCGGCGGCAUGGAUACCACAUCGAACGCGCUUUCUCGUAUCCUGCACCUCCUGGCCCAGCACCCGGCCGUGCAGGACAAGCUUCGUGCCGAGAUCGCCGAGGCAUGUGGCGGAGAGGACCUCGCAUACGACGAGCUUGUGAAACUCCCGUACCUAGAGGCGGUCUGUCGCGAGACGCUGCGGCUGUAUGCACCGGUUCAAUUCAUAAACCGCUCGGCUGCCAAAGAUACGACACUUCCACUCCUGAAGCCGAUUCGUGCCCUCGACGGGUCAGCGAUGACCGAGGUGCCGGUGCCUAGAGGGACGAUGGUGCUGCUACACCUGACGGGAUGCAACACGAACAAGGGCCUGUGGGGUGACGAUGCGGAAGAAUGGAAACCUGAGCGGUGGCUGGGAAAGGUGCCACCAGCGGUUGAUGACGCCCGUGUUCCAGGCGUCUACUCCAACUUAAUGACCUUCUCCGGUGGCGGAAGAGCUUGCAUAGGAUUCAAAUUCUCGCAGCUCGAGAUGAAGGUUGUCCUUGCUGUUCUUCUCAGCGCGUUCAAGUUCGAGACGACCGAGAAGCCGAUCACCUGGAACGCAUCCGCUGUGCUCUACCCCACAACAGGGGAAGAGAGUACCAAGCCGGAAAUGAUACUCAAAUUGACUAGAGUUGCGUAG